UGAGAGAGGAGAUCACACCCCCCACUUGCGAGAAAACUUCCAAAAAAAAAAUAUUCAAAAAAUUGAAGAUCAAAGCGCCAAAUCACGAAGCUUUUUCCCAAUUGAGUUGAAUCGGGAAACGAAGGAGAAGACAAGUUUACAAGCUCGCUUUGCACUAUGUGAGGAAGAAGAAGAAGAGAGAGAGCUUGAUCCUUAUCAGAGUUUGCCGUUACAGAUGAUGAUUGAGUCUCCAUCAAUGGCUCCUCCUAGUCGCAUCGAUUCUCACCACAACAUCAAGCUAAGCGUCUUCAUCGUUUUCGGAAUCCUCUUCCUCGCGAUCUUGAUCACAAUCUCCAUCUCUUUUCUCAUCCGAUGUCUCUGUUCUCUCAUCGGACGUCUCUUUACUCCUCGAUCCCUCGGCGAUUGCGCCAUCUGUUUAUCACCGCUCCAGCCUAAGGAUCAGCUACGUCACCUCCCUCUCUGUUCCCACGCUUUCCACGCAGAUUGCAUCAGCACGUGGCUCGUCUCGAACAAGACUUGUCCUCUCUGCCGAUCUCCUCUCGAUCACGCGAUUACUACAGCGAGUAUUGCGGCGGAUGUAGGCCACGAUGGUUCCAGGAGCUGGCUGAGAUCUCUUUCUCGUGGUAUAUCUUCCCGUUCGCUCUCCUUUAGAAGCUCGGGUUCGAUUUUCACCGGGAGUAGUCGUCGUGGUGCCACGGUGGUGGCGGUGGAUUUAGAGGCUGGAGAAGAGAUCAGCGAGUAUUUCCGGUGGCUCUCAACUGUUUGA